UUGCCGGAGUUGCUGCUGAGCCGCUUGUGCAGAGCCGUGGCUGCCAAUAAAGUUCGUUAAAAAACCAUAGUCAUUUUUAAGAGAGUGAAAGAGAGCACGAGCCAGCCGGGCGGCCCCGCCGGGGGGAGCUAGCGCGCUGGGAGGAGGAGGUGGAGGAGGUGGCUGCGGCUGCGGCGGCCGCGGUUGCGCCGCGACCAGGAGGAGCCGGUCGCGCCGGGCGGCGGGUCCGUGGCCGGGGGGAACGAUUUGAGAAGAUCUGAUCAGCUGGAAUUAAAGUUGGUUCAGAAACUUUUUCAACUGCAAAAAUGUUGGAGGAAGAUAUGGAAGUGGCUAUCAAGAUGGUGGUUGUAGGGAAUGGAGCAGUUGGAAAAUCAAGUAUGAUUCAGCGAUAUUGCAAAGGCAUUUUUACAAAAGACUACAAGAAAACCAUUGGAGUUGAUUUUUUGGAGCGACAAAUCCAAGUUAAUGAUGAAGAUGUCAGACUAAUGUUAUGGGACACAGCAGGUCAAGAGGAAUUUGAUGCAAUAACAAAGGCCUACUAUCGAGGAGCCCAGGCUUGUGUGCUUGUAUUUUCUACCACAGACAGGGAAUCUUUUGAAGCAAUUUCCAGUUGGAGAGAGAAAGUAGUAGCUGAAGUUGGAGAUAUACCAACUGUGCUUGUGCAGAACAAGAUUGAUCUCUUGGAUGAUUCUUGUAUAAAGAAUGAGGAAGCUGAGGCACUGGCAAAAAAGCUAAAGCUAAGAUUCUACAGAACGUCCGUGAAAGAAGAUCUUAAUGUGACUGAAGUAUUUAAAUAUUUGGCUGAAAAAUAUCUUCAGAAACUCAAACAGCAAGUAACUGAGGAUCCAGAAUUAACGCAUUCAAGUAGUAACAAAAUUGCAGACUUUGCACCUAAUGGCUCUCUGAAAGUUGACAGACUUAAAUACUGCUCUGCAGUGCUUUUCAGAUGGAGUGAGAUCUUUGGUAGAAAAGUCACUGCCUUGUGAACUCAUUUUAAUUUUUUUGCAUCAGACGAAGCUUCUCCUGUUUUUGAAGGCAUGGUCCAUAAGAAGUGUCAAAAACAGGUUUUUGCUGAAUUUGAAACGCUGGAGAACAUAACUGAAAUGACCAAAUAUGUUGGUACAGAUUUUAAUAUUAUGGGUCAAGAGAAAAUAGCAAGUGUUCUUUUUCUGAAAUUGGUCAUAUAGCCUUUCUGGAAAAUAGUGUUGAAUCUGAAUACUUACAAAAAAAUAAUAUCGAAAGGUAAACUCUAAAUCUUGCCAGACUGCAUUAUUGUGUAUUUUGGCAAUGUUACUUGUGUGCAAUAUCUGUAUAAUUUAGAAUGUGGAGGUGUGGCGUAGUCAUCUGGGACUGAAGUACACUGACGGUAUGUUCAGUACUUAAGGAAACAUAGAAUCUAAUUAAUUCAUUCAUAAAAAUCAUUUACACGUUACGUGUAUGUUAAAAGGUUUUAUUUUCAAAUAAGGAAUUCCAGACAUCUAUUUUGAAAAAUGAGCUCAGAUUUUAAAAGUGCUUUGUGCCAAAAAUACCAUACCUAAUUUUUACAGUGCUUUACUAUCAGGAUUUAUAUUGUUUAUAAUAUCUUUUGAAAGCAGUUUCCUCUCGGAUAGGGUAGAUACAAGAUAAGUAUAAAUGUUUUAAUGCUAGAGUAUCUCCCAAGUGAGACUUGCUGCAAAAUCUCUCCCGCGCCCGUGCGUCAGCGCCGCGAGCCGGUGCGGCCGGGGCACAGCGCGCCCGCGUUCUCCGCAGGCCCCGUGGAGUGCGGUGGGGUGUCCAGCACCUUUUGCUGCUGACUGAAAACGCAAUUUUGAACUUUUAAGAUUAUGCUAACAAUGUUUUUAAAUGCAGAAGAGAUGACCUCUGGUCUUAAUCCGCAUUAUGGAUUUUGUAAUGCCCUGCAACUCUAAAGAUUCUUUUCGUUUACACAUUUUUGUAUGGCAUUUUAAGAUUAUCACUUAAAAAUUUCUAUAAACUUCAGUUUGUAUAGCACUUUCUCAAGAGCUCUGUCACCACCAAAUAUAAAAUAAUUUCUUUUAAGAAAUGAUUUUCAUAUGUCAUCAUGUGGCAGAGCAUAAAUUUUGUGACUUGGGGCAGGAGCUUUCCAACUAAGAUAACGGCAUGAACUCUGGUAAAAAGUGAUAAUCAUUCAUCAGUGACUUUGUUUUUAACCCCUUGCUAUUUACCUGGUUUUUACAAGAUUUCAAGAUAUGUAAAAAUAAUAACCUUUGUUAGAAAACGUGUCAUAAAGUCACUUUUCAUUAUUUGUACUAAAUGUCUAAUGUUAUAUGUAUUUCUUUUGUAUGUUUUUUCUGUUGUUUUUUUUUUUUAAGUCUCCCAUCUGCACCAUCCUCAUCCCUCUGUCCAGAUUAAUAUUGAGAAGAUAAUAGAAUUUUCUGGGGCAAGUCCUUGCUAAGUGGCCAAGGGUAAAUGUUUGCCUUGUCAUAAUAUCGACAUAAUCUGGCGUGAUCUGUUUUAAAGUGGUGCAGCCCGGUAGGCCACCAUUUGUCUCCGCUCCCGUUGCUGGCCGUGGCAUAGGUGUUGGGGGAAACACAUUCAGGUCCUAACCAUGGGGACCUGUUAAUGAUUCAUCUUUCCUUUUCUUCUCUCUUAAAAUACAGGUCUCUUUAAUUUUUGCACAAAAUAUAUUUUGUUCCGAAUUGUUUUGUGGUCGUAAGUAGCCAAAGAAAAUCAUGUAUGUAAUAUGUUCACAUAUGUUCUAUUUCACAUUAAUUACAUGUGUGUGGGAGUUUGCUAGUUUUCUAUAUAAUCUCUGAUGAUGGUUGAAGUUCCUGAUAUUUUUAAUAUAAUUUUACAUACUUAAGUUUUGUCCUUUUUUUUUUUUAUAAGAAAUGAAGAGAGAUCUGUUACACAUUUCAGUUUUUAUUUGCACUUGUGUAUUUUAAACCUAACCAUAACUGGUCACUUUAAGUAGGUCUGAAGAUCAGUCACAAAUGAUAUGUUAAAUACUUUCCUCAAUUUAAUUCUAAAACCUUCAAAGUUGACAUUAAUUUUUUCCUUGAGACGCUUAAUUCUGUUAAAUAACUUAGUUUCUAAUGAGCUAUGGAUGCAAAAGAAAAAACUGCGUAAGACUCUAGGAUGUUGUUUGUGCAUUUGUGCUCUAAUGUACAUUUAUGCAUUAUGGCUGGUUUUUAGUAUACAGACACAUAGCUGUGGACUAAUCACCAUAUUGCAGAGUUCCUCAGGUUUUUCUUUUCCUCUUUCAGUCAGCCUAUUGAAUUAAAUAGCAUACAGAAUAGCCCCUGUAAGGCAAUAUACGGUUGAACUUUGAACAAUACCAGUUUGAACUCGGUGGUCUACUUACAUGCAGAUUUUUUAUAAGACUAUAAAACAUAGUACUGUAUUUUUCUUCCUUAUGAUUUUCUUAAUAUUUUCUUUUCUCUGGCUUGUUUAUAAUACAUACAACAUACAAAAUAUUUGUUAAUAGACAGUUUAUGUUACUGUAGGGCUUUCUGUCAAUUGUAGGCUAUUAAGUUUUGUGGGAGUCAUUAUACUUGUAUUUUCCACUGUGCUGGGCUCAGUGCCUCUGAUCCCUGUGUUGUUCAAGGAUCAACUUUAUUUCUGUUGUUAUUAGUGCCAUGUAAUGAAAUUAGCUGCCAUUAAUUUAGUACUUACUAUCAAGUAGGAACUAUACAGGUAUCUUGCAAACAGUAAUUUAAUCUCUACAGCAACUCUAUGGAGGUGAGUAUUAUUCCCUCCCUUUUUUUCCGAAGAGAGGAGAAUGAAUAUGUUAGAGAAGUUUGUCAAAAUCACAUACUAGUUAGCAGCAAAGAUAUUUUCUAUCCCAUUUUAUAACUAUUAAUUUUCAUAUAGCCCUGACAUAAAAAGAUGUCCUAUCUUCUCAUUAUACAUAUAUAUAUAUGUGGAUUUGAUACUGCUUUGUAUAUGCAGUUAUAUUUUAUGGAGGAAUUGCUACUGCUAAGAACAUUUUCAGAUUAUAAAUGUUCUAACAAUACUGAUUUCUUAUUUGAUGCAUAUGUUUUAAAAAGAUAAUUAAAAUAAUAAAGAAUAACUUUAUUUUUCAGUCAAAAGUCUAAUUUCUCUUCUGAAAUUAUGGGGAGGGAAGUAUCCUAAAAGACCGAUUUAAUCAUAUUGUAGUGUAUAUUUAUUUGAUAGUUUUAUCCAAAAAAAUUAAGGAAUUAAAAUAUAUGAAGAAAAGCUUUUGAAUUGGGAUUAUGUACUUAGCAAGAAAAAAGAAAUAAGUUAACCACUUUCAAGUAUGUUGUAAAAAGGUUUAUAUAAAGGGAAUUCUGACCCGCCAUUUUUAAUUAAUGUAGAAAGAUCAAAGUUGAAGGAUGAAGCUUGGUUAUAUUGGUUAUUAAAUGCUGAAAUGAUUCAGUGAAGUAAGUUAAGUAAUCUUCAUAAAUGAAAAUAUUAAAGGAAAUAGAGGCGCUGGGCUGGCUCAGUUAAUAGAGCAUGUGACUCUUGAUCUUGGGGUUAUAAAUUUGAGCCCCACAUUGUGUAGUGAUUACUUAAAAUCUUUUAAAAGCUAAAGUUUGUUAUCCAUGCUGAAUGCCAGUUUGGAUACAGAAGUCGUAAAAAGGUUUUUAUUUUCCCAAUUGCCUAUAUCUCUUACAAUUCAGUUUUUCAUAUAUUAAGUGAUGGAUUCACUGAAACAUAUUUCUGUUAUUUUUAAUUGGUUAAGGGAAAUCAAAGGCUGAAUUUUCUUUCUCCUUGGUUUUUGUAUUGUAUGUAUGCUUUUAUAACUCUUAUAUUCUUUGUGCUAUUAUUGUGUACAUAUUUCAUCUCUUCUAAUUCAAAUGUUACUCAAAUUUUUCUACUUUUAAAACUGUAAUGAGGAUACUUUGCUCUCCUGUUAGAUUGUAAGAAGAAACAACAUGUCAUACCAGUCUUGAAAUUUCCUUGUAUGGCUUUUACAGAUUUAUAAGUUACACUAAUCAGAGCAGAUUAUAAACAAACACCUAAGAUUUAAAUGUGUGAUACUUAUUGCUGAGAGAAAUUAAAGGAGAUUUAAAUAAAUGGAUAUGGUAUUUACACGAUUGAAACACUCAA